CCCACCCCCUGUGCACCUCGCAACUCUUGAACUCGCUUUCUCUCACUUUCCACCAAACAACAACAACCCCACAACCACUUCUCACAAUGUCCCUCGUCCGCUUCGCCGCCACCCGCGUUCAGGCCCUCCGCGCCGCCCCUGCCGCCGUCCGCUUCUACUCGCCCCUCCCCGACGUCCGCUCGGCCGGCGCCACUGCCUCGUCCAAGGGCUUCGGCGAGCGUGAGCAGGCCCAGGAGAACCAGUACAUCCGCAAGCGCGAGGAGGAGCUCCUCAAGGCCGCUCGCGAGAAGCUCAAGGCUGCCCAGGCCGAGGUCGACAAGCACACCGACAACCUCCUCCAGGCCUCCAAGGAGCAGAAGUAAAUUCUGUGCCAGAGUGAAAAAUCAAGUGUGAAUGUUGAGGCUGGUGAUGCAUCGCUGGUUUUAAGUCA